AUGGCGACAAUAUACUGCGAUCCAACUCAAUUUCCAUCUUCGUCUGUCCACGAUCCCGACAACCGAGAUCCAGUCAAGAUCAAUCAACAUCUUCAAUUCGACUUCUUCCAUGUCAUUGCUGAACCUGAUACAAGUGCCUACAGCUUUGAAGUCUUUCACAAGAUUUCACAUCAAGUUUAUCACUACAGCAAGAUCUUCAUCUAUCGUCUGUUGACAGUGCUGGUCGGUUUGCCAUUGAUGUUAUUUUGGGGUUUGGCGUUCGGUGCGUACACGUUCUUAAUGGUCUGGGUGUUUGUGCCAAUGCGUCAACUUACGCGAACACAAAUCGCUGAAAUGGGAGUGUAUGUUCAAGCAGCCUGUGAUGCGAUCAUCGGACCUACGCAUCGCGCGAUGGGUCAAAUGUUUUCGAAUAUUCGAGUGUCACUUUCUCGAAACACGAUCGAGGCUGGAAAACAACUUGAUGUAUAA